GCCACUCACAAUAUGGCGGAAACCUGACGCGUCCUUUCUUGCAACGAAGCCAUGUCUGCUUUUUGUCUCUCCAGCAUGUGUCUGGGAAUGUAUACUUGGUCAAAAUUAUGCGAUGAUAAUAAUGCGAUGAUGAUUUUUAUUUUAUUUUAUCCAGUUUCCCUGAUAAAUCACAGUGCUGGAUGUUAUGAUCGCUUUAGUUGAAGCUCUAGCUGUAUUCUAGACGCUCUGGUGUAAAAAACAUUGCAGCCAGAGUUGAGAUUGAUUUUGGCACCAACAUCUCAGCACUUGUCUUUGGAAUAUUUGUUUUAUAUAUAAUAUUUCGUCUAUUUCUUUCAUGUUUUAACGGGAGCCACUGUUAUCCUUCGGUGAGCUCUUUAUUUCCCCCGUCGUUAGGCUUUCAUUACCUUUUGUUAGCAUAGCCUGUUGUUAACUUUAGCUCCAAGCGCAAAGCAGACGUUAGCUCGCUGCUAACUUUAGCUCUGAUAAAUCACUCAAUGCCCGCUUUUCUUCAUCGCUCACUCUGUAUUGGUUCUAUCCGCAAUGGAAGACGAAGCCUUCUCUGACAUUAGCGGCAAACCGAUAUCCCUGGACUGCCAGACUCACUCCAGCUUCUGCAGGGAGUUCACUGUUAGCUCCCCCAAGAUGUCCAUCGGUAAAGUGAUGGUGUACACUUGCUCUGUGUGGCUCUUGGCUUAUGCCGUGUUCUUCUUCACGCAGAACACCGCAGUUCUCUCCAGCGCUAUACUCGUCACCCUCGCCGGCAUGAUGCUUCACAUCCACUUUGUGAAGGUGGACCACGAGUCUCUUCUCGUCAUUGGCUCUUUGGGCAUCCAGGUGUCCUCCAGCUACGCAUCAGGUCGUGAGGUCACCACUUUCAUCGAGAUGAGCAAGAUCAAAGAUAUUGUCAUCAAUGAAGCUGUUUACCUGCAUCAGAUCAUCUACUACCUGUGUGUGCUGUUAAAGGAGCCGUCAGAACCCAAUGAAGUAUCAAGUGUUGUUACAUUGUUUCAGAGCUCCAAGCCGAGGCUCAACUGCUUAGUGAAAGUUUACAGGAGCUGUCAGGAGAUUCUGUCUAAGUGCCAAUGACCCACAAGUCAAGUUUAACAUUGUUCAUGGAUAUUCAGUGUGUUUUCAAUUUCUAUUUAACGAAUGAGAGCAGAGAAUACUUUCUUUCCCCGGGUCAUCUUGAAUUAUUGCAGGAUUUAUUUUCUUCAUGAAUGCAUACUUGAAAUCAGACAGAUGUAUUUUAUUCAUAACUAGUUGUUUAAAUGUUUUACUUUGUUUUAAAGUUAGUUUAAGGACGUAUUAAAAAUAACCUAUAAGUUACAACCAUAAACAAAUCUUAGAAGUGAAACAUCUAUAUAUGUGUGUGUGUGUGUGUGUGUGUGUGUGUGUGUAUAUAUAUAUAUAGAGAGAGAGAGAGACUAGAUAUGACCUGACUUGUAAUUCUAAUUUCUUUGUUUUGUAAGCAUUUUGUGUUAUUAAAAACUUAUUUUGAAAUCGA